AUGGCGAGCAACGUUAUCGUCUUCGGUCCUACGGGCAACGUAGCGUCUAUUGCGGCGAUUACCGCUCGAGAGCAAGGGGCAAAGGUUUUUCUUGCUAUGCGCGAUCCCAAGAAAUCUAUCUCUGGCCUAAGCGAGGAAGCUGAACGUCAAGGCGAAUAUCAAAGAAUUCAGGCGGAUUUGACAGUGCCCGACACCGUCUCCUCGGCUGUCCAUCAAUCCGGAGCAAAGCGAGCUUUCAUUUACGUCGCGCAUGGAUCCGAAGACCACAUGCGAUCGACCGCCGUGGCACUGAAAGACGCCGGUAUCGAGUUUGUCGUUUUCCUGGGAAGCUUUACGGUCGAGGACCCCCACGAGGUGCAACAGGAUGACCCAAUUGCCUACGUCCAUGCGCAGGUGGAGAUUAGUCUUGAAGAAGUCUUCGGAAGGGAGAAUUUCGUCGCAAUUCGGCCGGGAGGAUUCGUUACGAACUCUCUGAGAUGGAAGAAAGGUAUCUUGGCUGGACAUUUGCAAAUGUACGGUACCGACUUUGAGAUCGACUGCAUAACGCCAGAAGAUAUGGGCCGGGUCUGUGGUAACAUCCUGGUCCGGGGCUCGGAAAAGCAUGCCGUGUACCUGUAUGGACCCCAGAUGGCGAGUCACAAGGAGGUCGCGAAAAGUGUUGCGAGAGCGUUAGGCAAUCCGGACUUGUCGGUAGAGGAGCUUGACCCGGAAGAGGCGACGAAGAGAAUGGCGGGUGCCGGUGUGCCAAUGUCCAUUAUCAAAUGGACUAUUCACAGACAGGGACGCGACAAUAAGGAGCCCGUGCCUCGACCUCACCACUUGGAGGGCAUCGACAACAUUAGGAGAUACACGGGCAGGCCGGCCAUGGCGCUUGACGAAUGGGCGCAGCAAAACCGUGCCCUGUUUGUCUGA